ACGAUUAUCUUUGAGUGGGACAGCUAUACAGUUAAGAAGAUCUUUGAAGUUCCACAUGGUUCUUCCUUUAGAGCAGGAGAGGUAUAUUUCCGGUUGGCGAAGUGGAUUUGUUGACUCCGUAAAAUGGCUGAUGUAGAGAAGCCAGCAAAGACGAAGAGUGCGGAGAAACUAAAGGAUAAGAAAGUUAAGCCUGCUAAGGAGAAAGUGGAGGUAGAGAAACCUAAACUGAAGAAGCGACCAAAGAAACGCCAUGGUCGACUGUACGCUAAAGCGAUAUUCACAGGCUACAAGCGUGGUUUACGGAAUCAGCACGAGAACACCGCCCUUUUGAAAAUCGAAGGUUGCAGUCAAAAAGCAGACAGCUGGUUCUACGUUGGUAAACGCUGUGUUUAUGUUUAUAAGGCAAAGAACAAGACGCCAGUGCCUGGUAGAUCAACAAAGAAGACGAAAGUUAGGGCUGUGUGGGGCAAAGUGACGAGGCCACAUGGAUGUUCUGGAGCAGUGAGAGCAAAGUUCAAAACAAAUCUUCCUUCGAAGGCAAUGGGUCAUCGCAUAAGAAUUAUGCUGUAUCCCUCACGGAUUUGAAUGUUUAUAUUUAAUGUUGUGACUCAAUAAAGACACUUUUGUGUAA